GGUAACAUACGAUUUUGUUAUGGGUGUGAAGUUUAUAGCAUGUGUAUAUGUACAGGAAAGUGUAGUUGAAAAAAACACUAUUAAAACCAUGAUAAUAAAUUGUAGACAAAAAAUAAAAAUUUGAUAAAUUAUCAAUUAAAUCAUGCCCGGUACAAGACGUAAUUCAAGUCGAAACAAUUCAAGUGGACGUACAACAUUAAAUAUUUGUCAUUCGCAUUCUCAUAAUCAAUCACCAUCAUCGACAAUAAAUGUAACCUCGACAACGCAUAUUAAUUCAUCAUUCAGUGAUGAGAAAAGAUAUGGUGAAUCAAUAAACAAUAGACUUUUAGCUCCAAAACAUGUUCCAAUUCCUGCGGUUCCUGUUGAUGAUCAAUUAUUUUUUGAAGCUCUUUCUUUUGGUAUAUCAAUAGCUGCCGCGUUAAUGCAAUUUUUGAAUUUAUAUAAAACUGUCUGGUGGUUACCACAGUCUUACAAUGAUUAUAGCAUGAACUUUUAUUUAAUAGAUCCUUUUUUAAUGAUAUUCAUCCUGACGAUGAUGGCUAGAAGAUUUAUUUAUGCACUAUUACGACGAUGUAUUGAUGCUUUUAGUCCAGCGAGAUGGUUGCCAAGCGUCCAAAGAUUUAUUAGGAUUGUUUUACUGAUAAUUAUAUUAGCAAUAUUAACUUGGUGUCUAUAUUAUAUGAGUGAGCGUCAUAAUGUGAUAAAAGUUUUCUAUCUAUGCUAUCCGAGUAUUUCUGUAUAUUUUCUUAUGUUUGGAGUAAACAUAGGGCCUUUUUUUGAUAUUACGACGGCUCCUCUUUAUGUUAAAGAAGAUCGAAAAACUAAAUUUUUACUUGAUAAACCUUUGCAUAAUUGUUCAUUAAAUGCAUCUACAAUAAGAGCAGAAGUAUCGAGCUUACGCUCUGAUUUCAAUCGUCGAUUAAAACGAGCACUUUUUGCAUCUUCAGGUAGUGCGUAUGUUUGUGGAAUCGCACCAAUUAUUUUUGUACCUCAACAUCUUCAUUUUAAUAUUGGUUGGGUAGUACAACAUGUAGUUUUCUUUUGGUUAGGACAAUUGAGUGCUCACUUUGCUCAAGCAUACCCCGUGAGAUACUGCGAUGUUUUACACAGAGCAGCAUUACAUUUAGGUAAAUGGUCAAAAGUAGAAAGCAGAAAUAUACAUCUUCCGACGCAAUUAUGGAGUGAUAAUGUUAUUUGGCCUCAUGGUUCGCUUGUUAAACAUAAUAAAGAAUUAUAUCGAUCAGAAGGUCUUUGUACAGCAGCAGAACCUGGUAAUUCAAGUCAUAAUAGGUUUUAUGCUCUCUUUAGUAAUCCAACCAUGUUGAUAUGUUCACUGUUAUGUUUACAAUUGUUAUUAAUAGCAGCACAAUUAUUUAUUUUAUUUCGUACUGUAGAAUGGUACCAAAUACUUUCAAUGACGUUACUACUAAUAUUAAAUUAUUAUUAUACAUUAUUUAAAUUAGCUCGUGAUUAUUUAGUAUGUUACCGUGUUUAUCGUGCUGAACAAAUUGUACAAGAGAGAACACAGGCUGCGAUAAAUAAUAAUCAAUAAUAUUUAUAAUUUUUGAUUAGAAUAUAAAUAUAAAUAAUAUUGAUUUAUCAUAAUGUAAAAAAAUAA